GUCACGUCGACUUGUGUCAAAAUGUAUCAGCAUGGCUCAAUUGCUGGACAUCCCGCUAGAACUGCUGGUUGACAUCUUCAACUUCGUGCUCAAACCGCAUCAAAUAGCAGUCUUGUGUCUCGUGAACAAGGUUUUCAACCAGUUUGCAACCCCAUUUUUGUAUCGGCACAUAUACAUCUUUCCAUGGUACAAGGAUUCAAAGUCGAAGGUCCUUUCUUUGUUCAGGACCCUGGCCGAAUGCUCUUACUUAGCGGUGUAUGUCCAAACGCUUGAGAUUAGAGAUUUUCCGAAGAGAUUGUUCUCUGCUGACCAUUCCUACUUAUCAAGUCUUUGUGUCAAAGCCAUCAGACAAUGCACCAACCUGAGGUCCUGUACCUGGACGAAGGACGGGUCUCUUCACUCUGACCUGCUAAGGUCACUUUCCAACUGCCAACAGCUACAGAAGCUAGAGAUAAACGGGAACAGUGGAGAGUACGACCCACUUAUCCUCACACAAUUCCAAAAUCUGCAGAAGUUCUCGCUCAUUAUGCCGAGUGUCCAUGUGCUCAACGUGUUGCCUACGUGGAUAAAGGCAGUGGGGGCGACCCUACGUAGUCUGAGGCUAAUAUGCAAGGCUUCCGACCAUGUGACGGACGAGCUUUUGGAGUUGCUGUCCUCCGAUCUCGCUGGUUUGGAGUACCUAAUAAUGUUCGGUUGUCGGAGGGUGACUCACAAAGGUAUCGGAGCUCUGGUGUCUGCCAACCGCAAUGGCCUUCUUGCGAUCAACAUGGAGGCAUUGUCUCCAUCAUUCGAUAUGAGUGUGUUCAGGGCUUUGUGCGACCGUACACAGGCAUUCCGACGAUUGCGGUCCAUCACAUUGACGGUGCCUGCCAACGUGUCAGCGUUGGAUUGGACUCGGGAUGUCUACGACUUACUUAGCUCUGCGCGGUUGGAGACACUUCAGUUGUACUCUAUAGAUAUGUUGGGUGACACACCAGUAACGCAUGAUUUCUGGCAGAGAUUAAUCGCUAGUCACGGAUCUCGCCUCAAACGUAUCUCCUUCCAUCGCAUACGAGCGGACCCGGCUACUCUUCACAUUAUAUGCUCCCAGUGUCCCCGACUCGAGCAAUUCUUUGCCGUAACAGAGCGGCAAGAUCUGGAAGCAGCGGCAUCGUCGUUUUCCCUAGCAAGGAACCUUCGUACGCUGCAUAUCAACUUCCCUCUGGCGGCAGGCGAGGCAUCAAUGCCACCAGUUACCCUGAUGCAGACUGCUCUAUCCAUUUCUUCGCGUUGCUCUGCGACUCUUACGUGCAUUGGACUCAACACUCAAGUGUGGCAGGUGGAGAGAGUCGUUCGUAUUGAUGAAAAUGGGGAGAAGUAUACUGAGCCAACUCUUGUACCGCGCGAGAAUCCAGAAAUACCCGAGCAGUUCCUUGUUGGUACCAUGUAAUAGGUGUUAAGUCCUGUACCGGAAUUCUUAGCUGGUAGACCAAACACGUGUACUCGGCGUCAAGUGGCGUUCGACAUCUUGACCAGCACGUCCACCUUACGAGUCCCGAACGCACAACGGGAGCACG